AAUUUGGUCAUACUAACUGUGCAACCGAUAACUGAUAACCGAUAAAGACGAGGUAGAAGAAGCAGAAGGUAAACAAACAUGGCAAGAAAUGCAGAAAAGGCAAUGACAACCUUGGCACGUUGGCGGGCCGCCAAGGAAGUCGAGUCCGGCGAAAAGGAACGCCGGCCGUAUUUGGCCUCGGAGUGCCACGACCUGCCCCGAUGUGAAAAGUUCCGCCUGGAGAUUAUCAGGGAGAUAUCCAAGAAAGUGGCUCAGAUACAAAAUGCCGGCUUGGGGGAAUUCCGCAUUCGUGAUCUCAAUGAUGAAAUCAACAAGCUACUUAGAGAAAAGCGCCAUUGGGAGAACCAGAUUUCCUCACUUGGCGGCCCACAUUACAGAAGAUAUGGUCCCAAGAUGUUCGAUGCGGAGGGACGCGAAGUUCCUGGAAAUAGGGGUUACAAGUACUUUGGAGCUGCAAAGGACUUACCGGGCGUUCGCGAGCUCUUUGAACAGGAUCCACCUCCGCCACCCAGAAAAUCCCGCGCCGAACUCAUGAAGGAUUUCGAUGCUGCGUACUAUGGCUAUCGAGAUGACGAAGACGGUGUUCUGAUUCCUCUUGAAGAACGAAUUGAACGAGCUGCCAUACAGAAAGCUGUGCAAGAGUGGCGCGAAAAAAUGGCCAGAGAUGGCCGCAUCAUCGAUGACGACGAGGAGGAGGACGAAAUAUAUCCGCUGUCAGGACCUGCUCGUGAAGCUGCCGAAGAUGCCAAAGCCAGGGCAGCCGUGGAGGAUCCACAUGGCUUGUUGGCACCCAAAUUUACGGCCCAUGUGCCGGUUCCGACGCAACAGGAUGUCCAGGAGGCCUUGCUGCGCAAACGAAAACAAGAACUGCUCGAGAAAUAUGCGGGAGGAGCUAAUUAAUUUAAAUAAACGUUCCAUCUUUUGAUUUUU